GUGAAGUGAAAGUGAAAGUUGGGAGAUCUACAUUCGAGAGGGCCGACAUCGGAAGGCACCACCAUGCCCAUCGCAUUCAGCGGAUGGGAAGCCGUCUGUGAGAAAUCCAGGCAACUGAAGCCAGGCCAGGCGCCCAAGUCACAGCAUGGCUACACUAUGUACCACGGCACAGACCAGACCUGUGCCAAUGCCAUCAUAUCGUCUGGGUUCCGGCCCUCCCUUGGAGGCACGCUAGGCCCUGGGGUGUACUGCAGCAGGGACAUCAACAAGGCCAUGGGUUAUGGGCAGGUGGUCUUGAAGCUGCGGGUCAGAGUUGGCAAGGUGAAGAAGAUUGAUGUGCAAAACCAAAAUAUGCGAACCACCUGGCAACAGCAUGGGUAUCACACAGCCUGGCUGCCUGCCGGUGCCUUUAUGCCUGGUGGCUUGGAGGAGGACUGUGUGUGGGACCCAAAACGGCUCACUGUGGUGGGGAUAGCCCACUGCACAGACAGUGCCACCAAGAGCUCUCUGGAGCAGCUUAUUCAGCAACAGCCACAGCAGCAAGACGCGGGGCCAAAAAUGAUUAAAUGUAAGGCCUGCGGUGAAGAGACACAGUUGAAGCACACUACAGAGAAGUGCUGGGGGUGUAAGACUGAGAUCUGCCCCUUCAUGAAUAAGCAUGUGUGCCACAAACGUGGGUGAUGAUAGACAACAAUGUAAUUAGCCUACUGUUUUAAUGCUCAUCCUACAAACCAUGUAAUGUGUGUUUUUUCUGCACUCUGUUUGAAUAG